AGAUGAUGUCGCUAGUUCUCACGUAGUAGUGACGGCGGCAUCAAUUUCUGAAUUAAUUACUAUUUGUCGCAAAAAAACUGCGCGUCCUUUAUCUUUUCUAGACCAAAAUCUUUCAUCACGUCUCAAAUAGUGUUAUAAAGCAAUCCAAAUGGCUUCAGACGAAGAAGUAGACGGCUCUUUCGCAGGGGACGAGGACGUGGAGGAAGGUGAAGGUCAGAACGAGAACUCCGGCGAGAGUGAUGAAGCACCACCAAAGGAGGAUGAAGAUUAUUCCCCAGAGGAUGGCAGAAAGAAGAAAAAAGGAAAGAAAAGGAAAGCUCGUGGAGAAGAAAAGAAAGGCAGAAAGAAAAAGAAGAAGAGAAGGAAUGAGAGUGAAGAGGAGGAUGACUUUAGUAUGGAGAUGGAGGCCGAAGGAGACAGUGACUAUGCCCUCAGCGCCGUGUCAUCUAAGAAGUCUCGUAAGGGCCGCGGCAGUAAGCAUGCGACGCCUGUGACCCCAGCCGCCUCCGACUCGGGCUCUGGAAUGCCGACUGUUGAGGAAGUGUGCGCGUCGUUCGGGCUGACUGAUGUGGACAUUCAAUACAGCGACGCGGACCUCGAGAACCUUACAUCCUACAAGCUAUUCCAGCAGCAUGUGAGACCGCUACUCGUCAAGGAAAACCCUAAGGUGCCAGUAUCGAAGCUGAUGAUGCUAGUUGCCGCCAAGUGGCGCCUGUUCUGCGAGUCCAACCCGCACCUGAGCAGCGGGUCGCAGAACAUGGGAUCGGAGGAGAACACCAACACCUCCACAGCGUCAGACUACGCGCCUAAAGCCCGGCCUGGACGCCCUCCUAAAGAUUCUAAGAACGACGAAGCGGGUGACGAACAAGAGGAAGAAGAGGAGGAGGAAGCGAGCGACGAGGGCACCCCGGCGCCCCGCAAGCGCGGUCGCAAGGCCAAGCACGCGGCGGGCGCCACGCCGCGCGGCAAGCCCGGACGCAAGCCCAAGGUGCCCACACUCAAGAUCAAGUUCAGCAAGAGGAAGCGCACGAGUAGUGUGAGUAUAAAUAGUGAGGAGGAACAAGAAGGCAGUGCGGGCGCGAACUCUGACUCGGAUGCAGAAUUCGAGCAGAUGUUAGCGGAGGCCGAAGAGCCCAAGCCGGCCACCGCCGCCGCGCCAGAAGACCCCGCCGCUGUCAAAGAGGAAGAUCCCAAUGCACCGCCACAGCCGAAGAAGAAGGCGAAGACCAAGAUCGGCAACAAGAGCAAGAAGAAGAAGAAGUUGAAGACCACCAGCAAGUUCCCCGACGGCGCGGAGGGCGAGCACGAGCACCAGGACUACUGCGAGGUAUGCCAACAAGGAGGGGAGAUCAUCCUAUGCGACACGUGUCCGCGCGCAUACCACUUGGUGUGCCUGGAGCCCGAGCUAGAAGAGACCCCAGAAGGUCGCUGGUCGUGCCCACACUGCGAGGCCGAAGGCAACCAGGACCAGGAAGACGAUGACGAGCAUCAGGAGUUUUGCAGGAUCUGCAAAGACGGCGGCGAGCUGCUAUGCUGCGACUCAUGCCCGUCCGCCUACCAUCGCUUCUGUCUCAACCCGCCGCUGGAAGAGGUGCCGGACGGAGAGUGGCGGUGCCCACGGUGCAGUUGUCCACCGUUGGAGGGCAAGGUGGCCAAGAUCCUGACGUGGCGCUGGAAGGAGCAGCCGGCCAAGUCGAAGGCGCCGCGGUCGCGCGAGUUCUUCGUCAAGUGGCACGAGCGCUCCUACUGGCAUUGCAGUUGGAUAUCCGAGAUACAGUUGGACGUGUUCCACCCGCUGAUGUACCGCUACUACAUGCGCAAGUCGGAUCCUGAGGAGCCGCCCAAGUUGGAGGAGCCGCUCGACGAACGAGAUAACAGAUUCAAACGCAUACAGAAGGAGAAACGCCACGAUCAGGAGUCCGAUGAGAAAGCGCUUGAGGAGAAAUAUUACCGGUAUGGUGUAAAACCAGAGUGGCUGAUAGUACACCGUGUUAUCAACCACCGCACGUCGCGCGACGGCACCACGUACUACCUGGUGAAGUGGCGCGACCUCUCGUACGACCAGGCCACCUGGGAGUCAGAACACGCAGACAUCGCUGGCCUCAAACAGGCCAUGGAUUACUAUUCAGACAUGCGCGCCUACAUCACCUCUGAAGGCAAGACUAAAGGAAGCAAAGGCAAGAAACCAGGACGCAAGAGCAAGAACAGAGAUAAUCUUGAUGAGGACGAAAGCAGCAGUGGAGGACAGCCCAAGCCCAGGCGCUACAACCCGCCUCCAGAUCGUCCCACUACAAAUCUCAACAAAAAAUACGAAGAUCAGCCUCCCUUCGUCUACGAGACUGGCAUGCAACUUCAUCCGUACCAGCUUGAAGGUCUCAACUGGUUGCGUUAUUCGUGGGGACAGGGCAUCGACACCAUCCUCGCCGACGAGAUGGGUCUCGGCAAGACCAUCCAGACAGUCACAUUCCUCUACUCCCUCUUCAAAGAGGGCCACUGCAAAGGACCAUUCCUUGUGUCUGUACCUUUGUCCACAAUCAUUAACUGGGAGAGAGAGUUCGAGUUGUGGGCUCCAGAUUUGUACUGCAUCACCUAUGUAGGCGACAAAGAUUCCCGAGCUGUAAUCAGAGAAAAUGAGCUGACUUUUGACGACGGUGCUAAUAGAGGCGGCCGACCUUCCAAGAUCAAGUCACAAGUGAAAUUCAACGUCCUUCUUACAUCGUACGAAUUAGUCUCAAUUGACGCUACUUGUCUCGGAUCCAUUGACUGGGCCGUGUUAGUCGUCGACGAAGCUCACAGAUUGAAGAGUAACCAAUCCAAGUUCUUUAGGUUACUGGCUGGUUAUCAUAUCAACUACAAGCUCCUUUUAACAGGAACACCAUUGCAAAAUAAUCUCGAAGAGUUGUUCCAUUUACUGAACUUCUUGAAUAAGGACAAGUUUAACGACCUCGCGGCUUUCCAAAACGAGUUCGCGGACGUGUCGAAGGAGGAACAAGUAAAGAGGCUGCACGAGAUGCUGGGACCGCACAUGCUGCGGCGUCUCAAGGCCGAUGUGCUCAAGAACAUGCCUACUAAAUCCGAGUUUAUCGUUCGUGUGGAGUUGUCUCCCAUGCAGAAGAAAUAUUACAAAUAUAUUUUGACGAGAAAUUACGAGGCUCUGAAUCCUAAGAGUGGCGGGCAGACUGUAUCUCUACUUAAUGUGAUGAUGGACUUAAAAAAGUGCUGCAAUCAUCCUUAUCUUUUCCCAGUGGCUGCGGAAGAAGCUCCACUCGGCCCUCACGGCAAUUACGAUACACAAGCUCUAAUCAAGGCAUCCGGUAAACUAGUGUUGUUGGCCAAAAUGUUAAAACUGUUAAAAGAACAGGGCCACAGAGUGCUGAUCUUCUCUCAGAUGACAAAAAUGUUGGAUAUCCUGGAAGAUUUCUUGGAGGGUGAAGGAUACAAGUACGAAAGAAUCGACGGUGGUAUCACCGGUACUAUUCGUCAAGAAGCUAUCGAUAGGUUCAACGCGCCCGGCGCGCCUCAAUUCGUAUUUCUACUGUCUACAAGAGCUGGAGGUCUCGGUAUCAACUUGGCGACAGCGGAUACUGUAAUUAUUUAUGACUCAGAUUGGAAUCCUCACAACGAUAUUCAGGCGUUCUCGCGUGCCCAUCGUAUCGGUCAGGCAAACAAAGUGAUGAUCUAUCGAUUCGUCACACGUAACAGUGUUGAGGAGAGAGUAACUCAAGUCGCCAAGAGGAAAAUGAUGUUGACGCAUUUGGUUGUACGUCCCGGUAUGGGCGGCAAGGGUGCCAAUUUCACGAAGCAGGAAUUAGACGAUAUUUUGAGAUUCGGUACUGAAGAGCUGUUCAAAGAAGAGGAAGGGAAAGAAGAAGCUAUUCAUUAUGAUGACAAGGCUGUCGGAGAAUUGCUAGAUCGUUCUAAGGAAGGUAUUGAACAGAAGGAGUCUUGGGCUAACGAGUAUCUCAGUUCGUUCAAAGUCGCCAGUUAUUCCACCAAAGAAGGCGACGGCGAAGAAGAAGUGGACACAGAAAUUAUCAAACAAGAGGCAGAGAACACAGAUCCGGCAUACUGGAUCAAACUUCUCCGGCAUCACUACGAACAACACCAAGAAGAUCAGGCGAGAACACUCGGUAAAGGCAAACGUGUGCGCAAACAGGUCAACUACAACGACGGUAGCGUCGCACAGACAGAGAACAGAGAGGACACUACAUGGCAAGACAAUGGCUCUGACUACAAUUCUGACUUCUCUCAGGGUAGCGAAGAUGAUAAAGAAGAUGACGACUUCGAUGAAAAGAAUGACAACGGGGACCUCCUCAGCCGCCGCAGCAAGAGACGCCUGGAGAGGCGAGAGGAGCGCGACAGGCCCUUGCCUCCCCUGCUUGCCAGGGUCGGCGGAAAUAUGGAAGUCCUCGGCUUUAACGCUAGACAAAGGAAGUCCUUCCUCAACGCUAUCAUGCGAUAUGGUAUGCCGCCACAAGACGCGUUCAACUCCCAGUGGCUAGUGAGAGACCUGCGAGGAAAAUCCGAACGUAACUUUAAAGCUUACGUGUCUCUAUUCAUGCGACAUUUAUGCGAGCCCGGUGCGGAUAAUGCUGAAACUUUCGCUGACGGUGUACCAAGGGAAGGUUUAUCCAGACAACACGUGUUGACACGAAUCGGUGUUAUGAGUCUAAUCAGGAAGAAGGUACAAGAAUUUGAACACAUUAACGGUUACUACAGUAUGCCAGAAUUGAUUCGUAAACCAGUGGAACCAGUGAAGGCAGCCGGCGCGGGAGAGAGCGCCGCCCCUAGCCCCGCGCCCUCCACCGCCACGCCCAUCACCUCCGCAGCGCCUUCGCCGGCGCCCACACAGGUGACACAGGCCGCACCCACGCCCGGAGGCUCGGAAAAAGACGAUAAAGAGGAAGCCAAGGACGAAAAGUCUGACGCAAAAGACAUUAAAGACGAGCCGAUGGACACGAGCGACAUUAAAGAGGAGAAGCCUAAAUCUGAGGAGAAGGAAACUAAGGAAGUGAAAGAGGAAGCGAAGGAGGCGGAACGACGCAUGUCGGUCGAUGAGGACUCGCCUAAAGAGGACGACAAAUCGGAGGAUAAGAAAUCGGAAGACAAAGAAGAGAAAAUUAAGGAGGAGCUGAAAGAAGACGCCGAUAAAAAGGACGACGUGAAGAGUGAGAAGGCAGAGUCGGAGGGCUCUGAUAAACCGAAGGAUGAAAAGAAGGAUGAGGAUGAUGACGACGUCGUUCUUGUGAAAGAGGAGGAAGAUCUGAAGGUGGAGCGACGCAAGUUUAUGUUCAACAUCGCUGACGGCGGGUUUACGGAGCUGCAUACUCUGUGGUUGAACGAGGAGCGCGCGGCGGCGCCGGGCCGCGAGUACGAGAUCUGGCACCGUCGCCAUGACUACUGGCUCCUGGCCGGGAUAGUCACGCACGGCUACGGCCGCUGGCAGGAUAUCCAGAACGACCUGCGAUUCGCGAUCAUCAACGAGCCCUUCAAAAUGGACGUCGGCAAAGGAAACUUCCUCGAGAUCAAGAAUAAGUUCUUGGCAAGGCGUUUUAAGUUGUUGGAGCAAGCGCUAGUGAUCGAGGAGCAAUUACGUCGCGCGGCCUACCUGAACCUAACGCAGGACCCGAACCACCCCGCCAUGUCGCUCAAUGCGCGCUUCGCCGAGGUGGAGUGUCUCGCCGAGAGCCACCAGCAUCUCAGCAAGGAGUCGCUCGCCGGCAACAAGCCAGCAAACGCUGUGCUGCAUAAGGUGCUAAACCAGCUGGAGGAGUUGCUCUCAGACAUGAAGUCGGACGUGUCUCGCCUGCCGGCCACGUUGGCGCGCAUCCCGCCCGUGGCGCAGCGUCUGCAGAUGUCCGAGCGAUCCAUACUGUCGCGUCUGGCGGCCACUGCUGCCAAUCCUUCGCCCACCGCUCAAAUGCCGCAGUUCCCGGGCGGGUUCCAGCCAGGUGGCUCCCUACCCGGUUUCUCGUCGGCCGCCGCCGCCGCCGCCAACUUCUCCAACUUCCGCCCGCAGUAUUCCGUGCCGGGACAACCCACACCCUCCUCUAAUAAAUCAUAAUAAGGUCGUAAUUUAUACACGCUAAUUCAACUUGACGGGCCAGCAGAGCCGCUGAAUGGUCACAUAGAUAAUUAUUGUAGAUUAAGCUUUACAAGAUUCCUGUUCCAACUUGGGUUUAAUUAAAGUGAUAAUUAUAGUGAUUAGAGCAGUUGUGUUAGGUAACAUAAUAAUAAUAUUAUUAUUAUUGACAUUUAAAAACCGAACUCUCACAAUAUUAUUUAUUUCAUCCUGAUCUGUAUGAAUCUUUGUAUUGUAUAAGUGAUUGUGGACUUAUGAAAUCGUUAUUUUUAAUUUACCAAAAAUGAAAAUGGAAUAAAUCUUAACGAUUAAGUGGAGUA